GCCGGCAAAGCACUCGAGGCAUCUUGAUGGUGUCAGUCGAAUUUAUUCAAAUGUACAUCACACUUUGCUCCUUCAGCUUCAGCCACGGAUUGCUGAUAACCCCCCUGCUUCGCCAUGUUCUCACCCGUACGGACGCUCCUCUUCCUCGGACUCUUUCUCGCUCGACAUGGGUCUGCUCAACUCGAGAUGCCGCACGGCGAGGACUCGCAGCAGUAUGUCGUCAAAUGUAAAUACCAAGCGCUGGCUUGUCCCCGCGAGACGGCCUUUCAAAGUGUCGACAAUCAGUCGACACUUGGCUUCAUCCUUGUUCGACCCAAGGGAGAAGACAACAUCGUUACCACCUUCUUUCUAGAGGAAAACGUCACUCUCAAAGGCUCGACGAGAGAUUAUGAACCAGAUCAGCAAGGCAUCGCCCUGCGAGCAGAGCGAGAGCUCACCCAAGGCACGCCUGAUUUGCGCAAAUGCUGCCGCAUCGUCUUCUUCGCUGGGUAGCUGUGCCGACUCGUCUUCCUUGCCGAGCUGACUGCUAGGCUAGCAUGCGACCCUCGGUCGUCCAACGUUAGUCACAUUGGAGCCGUAAGCCCUUCUCGCCUCGAGACUGACCUUCAUCGCAGACAAGCUCGGCAGAGUCACAACUUUCGCGCAUCUGAUGUGCAUGUCUGAUUUUGAGGGUUGCUC